AUGGUAGCUGAAAACGCGGAGAGGAUACGUGCACAGAGAGUGGCUCUUGGAAGGUGUUCAUCUGGCCAAUUGACUUCAGUGGAGGAACAAGGACGAAUAAUCGACUUUCAGUGUAAUGAAUUCACCCUGGCUUACUAUGAAAGAUAUUUCAACCAUGGUUUACGAAUUCUCCACUGCGAUCCUCACAGUGUCAGUCUUUGCGUGGCUUUACCUCUAGGUCUCACGCCGAAGUACCGAAAUCAGCUAGCUGAAAUUCUCUUCGAACGAAUUGGUGUGCAAUCCAUCUUUUUUGCUUCUCAGCCUCUUGUUGGUGCAUUUUCCUCGGGAAAGCCAACUUGUCUAGUCGUUGACUCUGGACAUAGUUAUACCAGCCUCUAUGGAGUGGACGACCUUUAUCCUGAACGUUCAACAGAGCUCAUCUAUUCCAUUGGAGGACGCGAUGUUGAUGAGUACUUGAAAAGCUUGGCUGGGCACCAACUCAGAGAUAGCACAGCUGGAGAUAUUAAUUAUAUCAAAUCACGCUUUUGUGGAAUUUCUCCAUCUCCUCUCACAGAAGCAGCUCUAAAUGAGAAAUCAAAUAAACGGAAACCUUGUCAAAUGCUCGACGGACAAGAAUUACUUCUCGGAAUUGAAAGACAAUUGGCUCCAGAAGUCAUCUUCAACCCACAACUGAAAGGCUUUAAUGAGAAGCCUUCUCUAGAAUCCGCUAUUACCCAGUCAGUAGGGAAUUUAACUGAGAAGAAAUCAAUCGAAAUUCUAAAGAAUGUGGUUUUAUCUGGAGGAAAUAUGAAGUUCAAAGGACUUCGAGAACGCCUUCAGAAGGUAUUACCGAAUAGUCGAAUUAGUUGUCACCCCGAAGGUGAGCUCGCUGUAUGGAGAGGCGCAGCCAUUUUUGCAUCGAUGCCAACUUUUGAGCAAAUGGUGGUGAGCAAACAGCGCUGGUCAGAACAUGGAGAGUUAAUUAUUCAGAAAAAGUGGUUGUAA